AUGGAAGGAAGGGGGCAGGAUAUCGGGGGCGAUAUGCCGGGGCCGUCAUCUACGACGGAAUGCUCCGAAGUUACCACGAUUCCAUAUGGGGAAAUGGCAUUUGUGUAUGGAAAUGUGUGCGGCGAGGAUCCCAGGGGACGCAUAAUGUCUCCUAUUAGCGGAGAUGAAUACGCCUGGGCGGCGCGUGAGGUAAAAGAACUUAGGAGUCAAUUUAGGAGUAGGGCUGUAAUUACGGAUUGGAUUGAGAAUAGUUGUGUGUUGAGGACCCUAGGGUAUCACACCUGUGUGAAGUUGAUAGCUUGCCGGGAGGAUGAGAGGAUCUGUUAUGGGAGGGAGAAUGCCUCUGAUGAAUUCUUUUACUGUUAUGCUACGCUAUUCUAUGAUCUGUACGUGAGAUUGCCGUUCACCACAUUCCAAAUGGAUGUUUUGCGCACCUUGAACGUUGCACCGAGCCAACUGCAUCCCAAUAGUUGGGGGUAUGUGCAGGCGUUCGGGGUGUUGUGUGGGGCGCUAGGAAUUAGGCCUACGGUAGGUUUGUUUUUGUACUUCUUCAGAUGUCGUCCGCUUGCGACGAAGGGGUGGGUAUCAUUGAUUUCGGAACCAGGUAACGCGCUUCUAGAGCUUUACCUGCAAUCGUAUAGAGGGUUUAAGGAGAAGUUUUUUAAAGUGUCGAUCACCGAUGUUGGUCGACGGUUCUUUUUCGAUGGUGAGGGGAAUCCCAGAUUUCCCUUAUACUGGACGCAGGAUCCUCUGAAAUUUACCUCAUGGUCGGAAGAUAAUAUGACGAUCGAAGAGUUGGAGGCUUUAAGUAUGUUGACCUCGUUGCCACGCCCCUUCUCUUCUCGUCAGAUUAUAGAUUGCCUCGAGUUCGAUGACGCAGGGGCGAGGGUUUUUGAGAUAAUGGGGAGGAAAGGAAGUGGUCGUAGCUGGUUUCAGACCAUCGACGACGAGAGGGAUGAAGGUAAUCGUCCGGGGUCUUCUGUUGGGCAACAACGCCCCCUGGUGCCACCAGCUGGUCCACCUCCCGUCGUAGUAGCGUCGGCUGAGGAGACAACAUUAGUCGAGGUGCCCCUCAUACGCAAAAGGAAAGCCAAGACAGUUGACACCAGCCGCGAGGCAUCAAAGAAAAGUAAGGAGGUGGUUGAAGAAGAUGAACGCCCCCUUCCGCUGGGCAUAUGGGAUCGUGCCUUCAUGCCGGGUCAUAGGGUGGACCUCAACCUGGAUGCUUCAGAGAAGAAGGUGAUCGAAAACAUGAGCGAGCAACAGAUUGCUGACAGCUUGCUGGAGAUGAACACACGGGCACAAGCGUUGUCUUGGCAUCUAGCGUAUGCUUCGGAUAGGGGUCAGAUGCGGUCUGAGUUAGAGAAGGUGCGCGCCCAGCUGAAAGAGCUCGCCGAGAUCCAUGCGGGCUGUGAGGUCAGGCAGAAGCGUACUGAACAACUUCUGAAGGAGGGCGAGACACUGUGGAAUAAGACUCGGGAAGCUGGUGUGGCCCUCCAACAAGAACGCGAUCAGAUUGCCAGGGAUCUGGAUCAAGCGAAGAACUCAAUGCUGAUAGUGGCCCGAGAGAGGAACGCGCUGAAGGUAGAGGUCUUUGAAAAAAAUGAGUUGAUCGAGGAGCUGAAGGAUGCGAUCAUGGACGAACAUAAGAAGGGUUUCAGGAAGGCCUUGAGGCAAGUCGGGAACUUGCUUCAGGUAUCAACAAAGGGAGCUGAAUUUGACGUCCGGAAGGAUGUGCAUGAAGGUCAUCUGAAGCCCUUGAAGGAAAUUCCGGAUGACGCUGUCCUGGAGGGGGAAGAGGAUGAAGAGGAGGUCGCCAAUAAUGAGCCCGAGGGAGCAACGGAAGUGGACAAGCUCGCCAAGGAGACUGCUGAAGCUGUUGAAGGCGACACAUCCCAAAUUGUAAUAGAUUAAGAUGUAGUAAGGAUCUGUACAUACAUACUUGAGUAUUUGGUUGACGACUAUAAAUGUUAAUCUUUGAUUAUUCACGAAUACUUGACGUUGAAAUUGAUUGCGCUGUUCGUUUAACUUAGCUGAUUCUGCGAUUGAUUUGCUGUGGUGAGCACUAAGUGUGAAUGUCGAGUGUAUUGAUAAUGCUUUGUGCGACAGUGGGAGUAUAUCCUGAUCAGACUGGGUGUUCAAGGGUGAACAUCGGCCAGUGGGAGUGUAUCCCGAUCAGACUGGGUGUUCAAGGGUGAACAUCGGCCAGUGGGAGUGUAUCCCGAUCGGACUGGGUGUUCAAGGGUGAACAUCGGCCAGUGGGAGUGUAUCCCGAUCAGACUGGGUGUUCAAGGGUGAACAUCGGCCAGUGGGAGUGUAUCCCGAUCAGACUGGGUGUUCAAGGGUGAACAUCGGCCAGUGGGAUUGCUUUCAUCCUCUUCGUGUAUGGAAGUGCCUGGUACGAUAACCCUGGGACUUGACCUCACAGCAGUGAUAAAUGAAUCUAAACAAUAAUCAUGAUGAAAGACAAUCUUUAUUUGAUAAUUAAACUUGAUAGCGUUGUAAGAAGAAUGAAUAAGAAGUGGAUGUUAACUAAAGUAAUAUUUAAGGUGAGUGGCGUUCCAAGUGUUGGGAACUGGCUGUCCGUCAAGAAGUUGGAGACGAUAUGCGCCGUUCGACAUGUCCUCAGCAACCCGAAAGGGUCCUUCCCAGUUAGCUGCGAGUUUGCCAUGGGCUCGAUUCUUCCGAGCUUCUCCCCGCUUUCGCCACACCAAAUCGCCGCUUUUGAAGGUUCUGGGCUUGACCUUGGUAUUGUACCGUCGAGAUAGCAUGCGCCGUUGGGCCUCUGCGCGGAUGGUGGCAACCUCACGACGCUCAGGAAGGACGUCGAGAUUUGUCCGUAACUGCUCUUCAUUAAGGGACAUAUCAGUGAUUUGUCGUCUCAAUGAGGGCUCGCCCACCUCGACUGGGAGCAUGGCAUCAGUGCCGUAAGUUAAGUUGAAUGGCGUGUCCCCUGUAGAUCCAUGGGGAGUGCAUCUGUAUGCCCACAGGACCUCGGGUAGUUCCUCCACCCAUAAACUCUUGGCUUCACCGAGUCGCUUUUUUAACUCUGUCAAAAUGGCUUUGUUAGCGGCCUCGGCUUGGCCGUUGGUUUGAGGGUGCUCGACUGAUGAUGUGACAUGUUUAAUGCCCAAACUGUUGAGGUAAUCCUCUAAUUUGCGUUCGAUGAAUUGGCGACCGUUGUCGGUAAUGAUCUUCUGAGGGAGACCGAACCGACAGAUGAGACGCCAAAUGAACUUCUGCACUCGUUGGGCGCUGAUGACGGACAGUGGCUCAGCUUCUAUCCAUUUUGUGAAGUAGUCAACCGCCACGAGGAGGAACUUGUUUUGCGCUUUGGCGAUCGGCAGCGGUCCAACAAUGUCGAGACCCCACUGGGCGAACGGCCAUGGAGAGACAAUAUUGUGUAAGUCUUCAGGAGGUGCACGGAUGUCGUGACCAUGUGCUUGACAGGAAAUGCAUUUCUUGACGAAUAUCUCGCAGUCGCGGUCGAGAGUAGGCCAGUAAUAUCCUGCGCGGAGAACACGUCCUCUUAAUGUCCGUUUGCCAGAGUGAAAUCCACAUAUCCCUGUGUGCAGUUCGCGGAGCACAUAGUCGGCCUCUUCUUCCGAGAUGCAUUUUAGCAGCGGAGUGCUAUGGCCGCGACGAUAUAGGUCGUCGCCUAUACACACAAAACGCGCAAUGUGCUUGGAAUCAGCCGCGGUAAUGCUAACACCUUUGUCCUGCCGCUCCAUGAGGUCUUUGAUUCUCUGCCGCCAGUCUGUUAUAGGUGUCGACACAUUAGUAACAAAAGCUUCCACCACAGGACGGUCGAGCGUCAUUCUAAUGAUUGAGGAUAACUGCGCUCGCUCCUUAGAAUGAGCUAAUUUGGACAAAAGGUCUGCUCUUGCGUUUUGCUCCCUGGGUACAUGGAGGACAUUAACCUCGACGAAAUUGCGGAGUAAAGCCUGAACCUUGUGGAAGUAACGCAACAGCUGAUUGUCCUUGACUUGAUAGAUUCCAUUCACAUGGCUGACGACCAGCUUCCAGUCCAUCCGACACUCUAAACGCUCGACCGACAACUCUCUAGCCAGGGAUAAGCCAGCAAUUAAGGCUUCGUACUCGGCUUGGUUGUUGCUAACUGGAAAAUUGAAUAUGAUAGCUUGCUCUAGGACCACAUCAUCCGGCCCCUCCAAUACGACACCGGCUCCUCCCCCCCUUUUGUCGGAGGAACUAUCCACGCUGAGGAGCCAUUUUGUCGUGGGAUUUUCUGGGGCAGGUGUUAACUCGACUGCGAAAUCUGCUAAAUGUUGACCCUUGACAGAUCCACGGGGCUCGUAGCGGAGGCCGAAUUCUGACAGUUCCACUGACCAAGCAACCAUUCGUCCUGCUAAAUCUGGUUUACGGAGGAUCUUGGCGAUGGGUUGAUCUGUGCGGACUAUCACUUGAUGGCUCUGGAAGUAUGGUCGAAGCCGGCGGGAGGCUGUGAGUAACGCUAAGGCAAACUUUUCAACGCGGGAAUAUCGUUCCUCAGCCCCUUGCAAAGUGCGACUGAUAAAGUAAAUCAACUUAAGGGAGGGCGUCUCCUGUAUCAGGGCGGCGCUAACCGCAUACGGGGCGGCUGCGAGAUACAGCUGUAAGUCGGAUCCCUCGUCUGGUCGAGCCAUAAUUGGAGGACUGGUUAAGAUGUGUUUGACAGUGAUGAAUGCAGUCUCGCAGUCAUUGUCCCAGUGCUGAGUGGAGCCCUUUUUCAAAUUCUUCAGGAUGGGUUUGAUGUGUUCAGCCAGCCUUGGAAUAAAUCUGGACAGGGCGGUAAGGCGACCCACCAGACGUUGUACUUCUCGUAGGGUUUUUGGUGCUGGCAUGUCGAGCACGGCUUUGCACUUGUCGGGGUUGGCUUCAAUACCUCGACGUGUGAGCAUGAAACCUAAGAAUUUUCCCGCGGGGACGCCGAAGGUACACUUGGCAGGAUUGAGGCGCAUGCUGUACCGUCGGAGCUGGGAAAAAACUUCCUUCAAAUCCUGGAGGUGUUGUUCGACAGAAUUGCUGCGUAUCACCAUGUCAUCGACAUAUACAUCCAUGCAUCGUCCAACCUGGUGAUGGAAGACCUUGUCCAUAAGGCGUUGAUAAGUAGCCCCGGCAUUCUUCAAUCCAAACGGCAUUACUUCAUAACAGUAGUUAGCGCGUUCGGUAAUGAAGGCUGUUUUGCUUUGAUCGGGCUCGUACAUUGGAAUCUGGUUAUAGCCUGAGUAGGCGUCGAGGAAGCUUAGCAUUACAUGACCCGAAGCUCCAUCUACCAGACGAUCGAUGCUGGGUAAGGGGUAUGAGUCUUUAGGACAUGCCUUAUUAAGAUCAGUGAAAUCGACACACAUUCUCCAUUGGCCGUUGGACUUUUUAACCAUAACUACAUUUGACAGCCACGUAGUGUACGUCAACUCUCUGAUGAACUGGGCAUCCAGCAAUUUCCCGACCUCAGCUUGGAUAGCCUGACGUUUCUCUUCCCCGACUCGUCGCUUCUUCUGGGCAACAGGUCGUGCUUCCCGGAAGAUGGAUAACUUGUGGGCCAUGACCCCGGGAUGGAUGCCUGGCAUAUCAGCAGCUGUCCAUGCGAAUAAAUCUGCGUUGUUCCGUAGAAUGCGUCCCAAAUCGUGCUCUUCGCUGGAGGUGAGGUCUCCGCCAAUGCUAGUGGUUUUGGAUGUGUCUGUCGUUAAGGACAGGAGUUUGACUUCGCCUUGCGGAUGCAGACGCUCGUCUACAUUGGUUUGGGGGUCUAAGUCGACUGCCGUUGCCUUGGGUCCUGUCGCCCUUCUGGUUGGGAUGAAGGGGGUGAUUUUUAAUCCGGCGACAUAGCACUGUCGAGCUGUGCGCUGAUCAGCCCUCACGGUACAAAUGCCUCCAUGGUCUGUCGGGAACUUCAUGGCGAGGUGGGGAGUAGACACUAUUACCCCAAACGCGUUCAGACAAGGUCGUCCUAGCAGGGCGUUGUACGAUGCAUUUGCCUCGACCAGCAGGAAUCGAACUCGAAGUUCAGGUGCCUCCCGACUUGUCCCGAGCCGAGUGCGCAGGUCAAGGUAUCCCCUGGUGUCUACUCGUUCUCCUGAGAAUCCGACAAUCUGCUCAUUAAAUGGGGCGAUGAGGUCCUCAGAUAGGUCCAUUUUCUGAAAAGUGGACCAAUACAAAAUGUUGACCGAGCUUCCUUGGUCGACGAGGACCUUUCUGACAUCAUACCGAGCUAUAUUAGCCGUGAUUACCAUAGGAUCAUCAUGAUCAGGGUCGGGAGCAUGGAAAUCAGCGUUCGUGAAUGUGAUAUCAGGGAUUGACCGAGCCUGACGCUCGACCAUAUGGACCGACUUCAACUGUCUCAAAUGUCGCUUCCUCGCUGAAGCCGACACGCCUCCCCCCGCGAAACCACCAGAUAUGGUGUCGAUGCGGCCUCGGACUGAGCGUUCUCUCUCUAUGCGCCGAGGUGGACUGCGCGACCGCCUACGAUGUCGAACAUCUUUAGGGGGAGAUCGCUGGGGACUGCGCCUAGGAGGAUCUCUUCGGCGAGGAGUUGUUGCUCUAGUGGAAACCCUUUCCUUGACGUAAUUCUGGAGAUAACCUGCACGUAUGAGUCGUUCUAACUCGUCCCUUACUACGUUACAUUCUUCCGUGUCGUGCCCAUGAUUCAUAUGGAACCGGCAAGUUUUGCUGUUAUUCGCGUUCUUUGGGGUGGCACUUCGCCGCACGGUGAGAAGUUCGGCGUGUAAGGCCUCUUCUAGCACCCUCGCCCUUGGUGCGUUGAGAGUCGUGUAGCGAUCGUAUUUAGACGUCCACCCCGACUCCUUCCUAGGUGGUCGAUUUGGUCUGUAGUCGUUUGGGGGUCGUUUCGUUGGUUUUGUUGCCUCCUGGUUAGGGACAUCCUGUUGGUGCUUCAUCCUGGAGUUACGGUGAUCUUCGAUGCGGAUGAAUUUCGCCAUAGUGGAUUGGAGUUCCUCCAGGGAUGCUGGAGGGUCAGCAUAUAAUUGUUCCGAGACCUGUCCCGGCGUUAGGCAGGAUGACAGGUUGCUGAUGAUAAAGGUGGGAGUAAUAUCUGGCACGCGUCGGGCCGUCUCGAUGUACCGCUGCAUGAAAGCUUUCAGGGUCUCAUCCUUCUCCUGCCUGGUAUGGACAAGCUCAGUAGCAGUCAUCGCUGGUUUUUUGUUGGCUGCGUACUGUUUUCGGAAUAAAGAUUCGACGGUUGCAAAGCAAUCUAUGGAAUUUCGGGGAAGUUUAUGGAACCAUUCCAGAGCUUCCCCUUUAAGGGAUAAGGAGAAAGCUCUGCAUAUCACCGGAUCGCUGUCGGUAUAGAAUGCCAUUGCAUCUAUAAAAUUACGUAGAUGGUCCUCAGGAUCUUCAGAACCAUUGUAGCGUUCCAGGGUUGGAGGAGGCUUGUCCGGCAUGUUUGCUUGCAUGAUGGCUUCUGUGAAUGGAAGCAGGUUAGUGAGGCGCAUAGGAGUAGGCCCCCUCCUUCCUCCACCAUGAUGGCUGGCAUCGUUAUCCUCCUGUCUGUUGGAGGCGGAUAACUCUGGUGGUGGGAUCUGUGCUCGCAGCGCCGCUAUCUCCUCCGCGUGUUUACGUUGAAUCUCCUGCAUGGUUUGUGUCUGUGCCUCAAUUUGCGCCUGCAAUUGCCUGAUCAAAUCGUGCGUAUCGGAAUUUUCCAUCGCUCCAGUGGUCGUUGUUGGGAUAGUAAUCUCGGGCCCCACGGUGGGCGCCAAAAUGUUUCAGUAGGAAUGUGGAGACCAAGAUACGAACCUAACAACCUUCUCUCUUCCUCUCUGUACUGCCUUCACUAUCUUGUCUUUCCCUCUUCUCCAAGUCUCUGAGUAAGGUGGGCUGGGUACCUGCAAAGGCACUCCGACGCUCAAGUCAAUAGGGGUGUAGAUCAGGGUAUUGUCAGAAUAACCAAAUCUUUCUUAAUUUUCUCUUAGGGGAAAAAACGUACCUUUUUUCUCCUGUGCUUUGUAUAUUUAAAUUAACAUAAUAAACCGUUUACCUGAAAAUCCGGUCGGUUACGGAAACUGACUGUUUAGAAGUUGUAACCGUCAUAUCAUGUGCUGAUAUCGAGUCAACUACUUCCAUGAUAUAUGGCCGUGAUUCACGGCGCUGUGUGACCAAGAUGUGUAACUGCUCAUCUGAAACCGUUAGAUCACGAUGUCGCGUCAUCAUUCGUGUCGACCCGAGUGGACGACGUGUCGCACAUAUGCUUCCUGUCGGUUGUCGAGCCUCAACUGGUCGACAAUGCCACAUGGUCGUAUGUUAUUACAGUCGGUUACCUAGUGGUCGACCACGUUAUGAGAAUGUCCUGCAGUGGUUCAAUUGUCGUCGGGUUACUGGUCGACAGUUGGAGGAUUAGGUAUCCUAUAGUACACAAGCAUUUGCUGGAAGAGCUGAUUGGUUUGGUCCCGGCAGCAGGGUUAUCAUUACCACUCGGGACGAACAGCUGCUAAAAUCUCAUGGGAUUGAAAGAACUUAUAAG